AUGACCACCAACUCUGCCACAACAACGACAACGUCGCUCAUCAACGCCGACAUAACCCUCCUCAUUGCAGAGCAAACCGACCUCCCAACCUUGCUCGCGUUAGCCAGCACAAACAAGCACCUCAACGGCCUGAUCAACGCAUACGAACACUCGAUUAUCAAGUCCAAAAUCACCACCGCUAUCCCAAACCCACUCCUCCAACCUCCCCUCGGGUCAGUCCUAUCCUCCCACAGCUCCUCCACCCGCCAAAUCCUGCCACCUUGGUCCUUCCAAGUAGCAGCCGAACUCGAACGCCGCCACACCCGCACCGAAACCAUGUUCAACAUUUCCACCGUCCCCCCAACCCCCUUGAUAUCAGCCAUGUUCCGCGUCCCUUCUUUUGCGGCGCUGUCACGGCAACAGUUUACCCAACUGGUCGACCUGUUCAAACGGGCUUGCUGCCUGGCGGAUCAUAUCUGUGAUUUGGCGCUGCUCGUCAAGAUACCGGCCAUGGCGAGGGAGCUGUCGGCUGUGGAUCCGUACGUGGUGCAAAAGGCGAUUCACCGAACGAGGCAGGGGUUUAUUAAAGGGUUGGAACCGUUGGAUCUGGCGCUGUUGACGCAUUUGGCGGCGUUGGGGGGGAUGGCGUAUGCGGAGGAGAUGGGGGAGUUGAUGAGUUCUGAUCCGGAGGGGUUGGAGAGGAUGGUGGCGUUCAAGGAGACUAUUUUACGGGAGGGGAGCGCGGCGCUUUGGGGUUUUUUACAUCCAAAGGAGGGGGAAGUGAUUGAGGGGAAUGGACCACCUUCUUUGCCGCCUAGGGCGAGGGGGAGCGGGCUUGGGAGGUAUAUUGCUGGCAAGGUGGAAGGGGUGUUGAGGGAUUUGCAUGCUUAUGAGAUGGGGCUUAAGGAGCGGGAUCAUGAGGAGGCGGAGGGAGAGGGGGAGGGGGAGUGGGCGGAUAAGGAGGGGGUGAGGGAAGGGGGGUGGGAGGAUGAUGAUGAUGAUGAUCCGUUUGUUGUUUUGCAUGGGCUUCAUCAGACUGUCAUGGGUGCCUUUCCUAAGCCGGUUGAGGAACCAAAGGACGAUGAGGGGGAUGCUGUGAUAGAAAAUGAGAGUGAGCAGUGGGAGGGAGAAGGGGUUGAAUACGAGGAGGUGGAUAUUGAGGGCGAGGAUGUGAGUUCUGAAGAGGAGGGAGAGAUAGAAGAGGAAGAGGUAGAGGAAGAGGAGGUUUUCCCUGUUGAACCUAGAGAACAGUUGAUCCUGGAGGUGGUUAGAAGUGCGGUUCCAUGCUCAGUUUAG